AUGUCAGAGGUAGUUAUUUCAGAACAACCUGCAAAUGUGGAUAAUCCCUCCGCUUUCGACCGUCAGGGUGUCUUCCGAUUCAUGUCACUGCCACCGGAGCUUCGGCGAAAGAUUUACUAUUUCGCAAUUGUCGAACCCCAUCCUCUACCGCUAAUUGCGCGCUAUGGCGUUUCAGACCACUACUCCGCAUACUAUGCUGUAGAAAAGGACUUGCGAAUGCUAGAGACUUGCCGCGAGUUCCGUGCAGAGAUGAAGAACUUGCCAUACUCGGAAAAUAGCUUCUCGUUCUCCAUUCGACAGUCUGAGCUUGAGAAAGGAACUAAAAUGUUCCCGGUAGACCUGACGCGAAUUCAGAAAUGUUAUAUCUCUGUCACAGAAAUGAAGGGCUUGGGGGGAAUCAGCGACGAGGACGACGAAGCCGUGCUCUACACCGGUGUUCAGGAUAUUCAGGACUUUGUGGCUACGCUGGUUUUCAAAGGCCACCAGAUGAAGUACCUUUUGGUCGAGUGCGAGCCUCAAGAUUGCCAUUUUCUGGCGGUGAGCCUCAGUCCAUUAUCCAUGCUGAGGAGGAUCCGCUCGGUACGUUUUCGCUCCUGUCGAGCCGAAAUGCAUCAUUACUUUCGUUUCCUGGAAGGUCUCAUGAUGGGUAGUUGGCCAGUACAUUUCAGUGAUUUAGUCGAUUUCUGGGAGGACUACUCAAUUGAGGACGACCUUUUGACACGCCCUGAAGAGUCGUGGCUUGUAGAAGGCCGUGAUGUGGCGACGAAAGUGGUAGUCAAAUCUGAAGCUCAGAUGGAAGCUACAGCAAAGGAUCUUUACUCAAUUCUUGGCAUAGAGCACGACUUCAUACCCCAAGGCGAGUUGGAUGAGACGUGUGCCUUCUGGCACGUUGGUAAAGAGAAGCUUUUGGUCACGUAA